GGAUCAGAAUCCUCGGUCACCUUUACGCACGCCCACUUGGCUUCCGGCUCAUCAGGAAAACCCAAAAAAAAAAGAGAAAAAAUGGCGGAAAACGCCGACGGCGUCGCCGGAGCCGCCAAGCCGGCCAUGAUAUCGCCUGAGGAAGCUCUUCGGACAGUCCUCGGUGCCGCGCGGCGGCUGCCGCCGGUCACCGUGCCUCUCCACGACGCUCUCGGCAAGGUCCUCGCCGAGGACAUCCGAGCUCCGGAUCCUCUGCCUCCCUAUCCGGCUUCGGUCAAGGAUGGUUAUGCCGUAGUUGCUUCAGAUGGGCCUGGUGAGUAUCCUGUAAUUACUGAAUCAAGAGCUGGAAAUGAUGGAGUUGGAGUUACCGUGACUCAAGGAACUGUUGCUUAUGUAACAACUGGAGGACCUAUACCAGAUGGAGCUGAUGCAGUUGUUCAAGUUGAGGACACUGAAUUAGUGAAAGGUUCCCUGACUGACCAAAAGCGAGUGAAAAUAUUGGUACAAACUAGCAAAGGUGUUGAGAUUCGUCCAGUGGGAUAUGAUAUCGAGAGAGAUUCCGUAGUACUUACAGCUGGAGAAAGGAUAGGUCCUUCGGAAGUUGGUCUACUUGCUACAGUUGGAGUUACCAAUGUUAAAGUUUAUCCUUACCCAACAGUUGCCGUCCUUUCUACUGGAGAUGAACUUGUGGAUUCGAGGACUAAGUGUCUGAAUCAGGGCCAGAUUCGCGAUUCCAAUCGAGCAACGUUAUUAGCUGCUGCUAUGCAACAGCAGUGCAAAGUUCUUGAUCUUGGCAUUGCUCGAGAUGAUGAAGAAGAAAUUGAAAGGAUCAUCCAAAGUGCCUUCUCUUCUGGGAUUGAUAUUUUGCUGACUUCUGGCGGUGUUUCCAUGGGAGACAAAGACUUUGUCAAGCCUUUGCUGGAAAAGCGGGGCAAAGUAUUUUUCAGUAAGGUUUGCAUGAAACCUGGGAAACCGCUAACAUUUGCAGAAAUUACUGCAAAUACUGCUGAAAGUAGGACAUCAAAUAGAAUUCUUGCAUUUGGACUACCUGGAAAUCCAGUUAGCUGUAUAGUCUGUUUUAAUCUCUUUGUAGUUCCAGCAAUACGAUAUCUUGCUGGAUGGGCUAACCCGGAUCUUCUGAGAGUACAAGCACGUCUUAAGCAGUCCAUAAAGACAGAUCCAGUCCGGAUCGAGUAUCAUCGUGCCAUCAUCAGUUGGUUGGCGAAUGAUGGAUCCGGCACUCCUGGUUUUGUCGCCGAGAGUACUGGCCAUCAAGUGAGCAGCCGCCUUCUCAGCAUGAAGUCUGCAAAUGCAUUGUUAGUGCUUCCUGCAACAGGCUCUGCCAUACCUGCUGGAACCUUAGUCCCAGCUAUUGCAAUAUCCAAUUUGAGUGUUAGCAGUCCUAGCAAGAGUUCCUUAUUGCCAGAUUCAGUUUCUGUGGUGCAAGUAACUUCAUCUCACGAUACUGUUGCUAAUGGACAUCAAGAGGCUGCAUACAGGGUUGCAAUUUUGACUGUGAGUGACACUGUUGCAUCAAGAGCUGGGCCUGAUCGGAGUGGUCCAAGGGCUGUUACAGUCGUUAAUUCUUCGUCAGAAAGGUUAGGAGGGGCUAGAGUAGCUGCAACUGCCAUGGUCCCAGAUGAAGUGGCGAAAAUUAAGGAUAUUCUGCAGAGAUGGGCUGAUGUCGAUAAGAUGGAUCUGAUUCUCACUCUUGGUGGCACUGGCUUCACUCCUAGGGAUGUAACUCCUGAAGCAACAAAGGAGUUGAUAGAAAAAGAAACCCCGGGUUUACUCUAUGUAAUGAUGCAGGAAAGUUUGAAGGUGACACCUUUUGCCAUGCUCUCCCGUGCUGCUGCUGGAAUAAGAGGCUCUUCAUUGAUCAUUAACAUGCCCGGCAAUCCAAAUGCUGUCGCUGAAUGCAUGGAGGCUUUGUUGCCCGCCCUCAAGCACGCGUUGAAGCAAAUAAAGGGAGACAAGAGAGAGAAGCAUCCUCGCCAUGUCCCUCAUGCUCAAGCGGCACCCGCGGACACUUGGGAACGUAGUUAUAAGUCGGCCUCGGGCGGCGAAACGGAACGCGGCUGUUCGUGUUGACGAUAUUCGAGGGGAAGUGUCAUUCUUGUAAAUUAUUACCAGUAUCUGUCUCGUGUCUACUGAGAGGCAAAUGGUAGCUACCUUGAGAAUUGUCAUGCUUAUGGCCUCUGUAGCGAACAAUUUCUAUGAUACUAGGAUGGUCAGUGGUCAGGUUCUCAGUAAUAAGUCGUCUAAUGAACACUUGCUUAUACACUGUUAUAUACUUCGAAUAAGAGGAACAAAA